CUCCAGACAGCAGCAGCAGCAGCAGCCUCAUGUUUCCUGUUGUUGUCGCUCUGAGUGACUGCACUGCACCGCAGAUAAACAGCUAAAAACCUAAAACAGGUUGAGAUGCUUUCUGCUUUUCCCUAACGACCCAUAUGACAUGCCAUCUGGUGCUCAAGGCCAUUUCAUAUUUUCAGAAGUGCUUUUGAUGAAACGAGGCUUCUGUGCAAAAGAGGGUCACUGUGGAAAUCCAUUGUAAAUUCAAGUUGGCUGCUUUGGUUGUCACCUGUGAAGGAGUGAGAUCUAAACCUUUCAAUGUCACCUUUCAAGCUACCAGACAGACAUGCGUCAUACUCUUCAGCGCCGAGGGCUUCUCAGUGGCGGAGCGGCGGAAGUGAGAGCUGGUUUUUGCUUUGAAAGAGACGAAAAGGGGAAAAGAAAGAAGCGGAGUCGAGACCACAAGGCAACCACAGAAUGGGAGUCCGCUGCAGGAGCAAAUCCUCCUAGAGACGGAGACUCGGAGGAGGCAGCGGUCACUGUGCAGCAGCAGCAACACUGUUUCCAACAUACACAAAUUUAAGAUGACUGAGCGUCCACUGUCAGCGCAGAGGAGGCCGAUGAGGACUCUUCCUGCAGACGAGGAGCAGCAGAAGACCAGCACCUAUAUCGUGCCCUGCUUCCUCUUUGUGGAGCUGGUCAUCAUGGCAGGGACUGUGCUGUUGGCGUACUACUUUGAGUACACGGACACGUUCCCCGUGCACAUCCAGGGCUUCUUCUGUUUCGACAAAGCCUACUCCAAGCCGUACCCGGGACCGGAGGACAACAGCAAGGCACCGCCUGUCCUCGUCUACUCCCUAGUCACCGCCAUCCCCACUGUGACGAUUCUGAUCGGGGAAGUGACCAGUUUCUUUGUGAAGACGGAAGGAGCUCAGGAGAAGACCAUUGUGACCGCCGACUGCUGUUAUUUCAACCCUCUGCUCAGAAGGAUCGUUCGCUUUCUGGGUGUCUACUCUUUUGGCCUCUUCACCACCACCAUCUUUGCCAAUGCAGGUCAGGUUGUGACAGGAAACCAAACGCCUCAUUUCCUGUCUGCCUGCAGGCCAAACUACACGGCACUGGGCUGCCAGUCUCCGCUGCAUUACAUCGCAGAGCGUCGAGCCUGCACAGGAAACCCAUACCUGGUGGCAUCCGCACGCAAAUCCUUCCCCUCCAAAGACGCAGCGCUCAGCUUUUAUUCAGCCAUCUACACAGUGAUGUACGUUACCCUGGUGUUCCGGACCAAAGGGACCCGUCUGACCAAGCCCACCCUGUGCCUGGUUCUGCUGUCUCUGGCUGUGCUGGUUGGGGUGGUGAGGGUGACUGAACACAGAAACCAUUGGAACGAUGUCCUGGCUGGGUUUGUCACCGGAGGAGCCAUCGCUGCCUUCCUGGUGUCGUGCGUGAUCAACAAUUUCCAGCAAACCCGGAUAGCAAUGCCAACUCCUCCACCUCACCAGCGCUCAGAGCCCCCGAUCUCCCUCCCUCUCCUCAGCCUGCCCCGCGUGGAGAGUCCACUCGAAAAGCUCCAGGGCUACCGUAUUCUGAGAUCACAUGACCAUCAGCCAAUCCCGUCCCCCGCCCCUCCCGAUGUGCUCCUUCCCUCGCGGCGUUGCCUCACCAGCGCAGUCUAGACCUGCCCGUUGAAAUCCCCCCGCCCUGCCCUGCCCACCCCAUAGGACGACAUCCUCUCAGACGAGUCAAAUCCACGCAAGUCUGAAAGUCCACCAAUCACAGGAGACAGAACAGCAACACAUGCGCAUGGCAAUCAUGGUUGAAACCUGUCAUCCGCUAAGGACCGACAGGAGACGGAUUCAUGUCCUUCUGUCCUGUUCUGUCCUGUUUGUCCUCCACGAUGGCCUCCUUUUUCUUUCAGGUGUAAAAGACCCAAUGAGAGAAACGCCAAAGCCAGAGCUGUUGAAGCAAUACUGUGUCCUAUUUCCUUGUCCUGUUUUCCACAAAUACGCAACAGUGACUCUAAAGACUGUUGGCUGGUGAUGACUUGACAAAACACUUGAUCACAUUAAAAGAAAAAAACUGAAAAAGGGUUUGGAGACUGAAGAAAAUUCCAAUCACUUGUGGAUCAUCCUCAACAGACCAUUUUGCAACACUCAGGACAAUACAAUGAAAAAAGGGACAAGACUAAAACAAAGACCUUUAUGAAAUCAAAAUGCAGGUACCGUCAAGUAUUAUGGUACAGAUUUUUGUUUCUGCCCAGACGCAAUUAAAGAGGAAAGCACCUUUGUAAAUUAUAGCACAGAUGAACCUAUUUAGUGUUCAGUAAACUGUGUUGUAUCGUAUUACAGUCCUGUCUCCUAGAAAUUAUGUUCCUGUACAAUGAAACAACAUUAUCAAUUAAGCUUCGAGGGAAACAUAUUAUCUCCCAGAUUACAUUUGUUUUUAAAGAUUAUUUUUUGGGGCAUUUUUUUGCUUUAUUGAAAGUGAUAGAUUGAAAGGGGGUGAUAGAGGGGAAGACAUGCGGCAAAGGGAGCUCAGGCCGGAUUCGAAACCGGCUCCGAUGCAGCAAGGACUUAGCCUACAUGGUAAGCGCUCUACCAGUGUGAGCCACCGGGAUGCCCCCAGAUUACAUUCGUUUUUGACGUAUCACAAAUAUGUUUCUGAUCAAAAUCUGCACAGAGUAGUAUGGGUUGGAUGGACGGGUCAAAUAAACACAAGACUUUCACCUAGGAGGUUGCUGUUCAACAAAUUAUUUUAACUUACAUAAAUGUACAUCAUUUAAUGUAUGUACGUCACUUAAGUUGUAACCAAGGUCUUUUCUCAAACCUUUCCGUAGUUUUAUUUCAAUUCACAACAUCAACCAUGGCAGCAACCAUAAUCUAGAAGAAAAUGCAGCUUUGUUGUGUGGGAACAUAAUUUUUAGGACACAGGGCUGCCUAUUUGUUUUGAGGGAUUUGGGUUUGAUCUCUUGCUGUAUAUUUUGUGAAGUGACAGAAGAGAGAUUUAUACACACUAGAGCUGUGCUUGUGAUACCACAUUUGUUUUGGGGCAUCAGUUAAUUUAUCCCUGAAGUCAACUGAACUAGAUUUCCAUCAACUUUCCAAAUAUCUUUUAUCUACUUAAUAUUCAGGUGUGUUUCUAAAUGUCUGUGGGUUCUACGUCCAUGCUGUGAAAUAACUGGAAGGUUUUAUCAUUUCACUUACUGCCUAUUCCCCUGUGGUUAGUGUUAGUUUGCAUAAACAUUGCAAUUUAUUUUUCCCCUUUCAACACUUUCAUGUCUGUUCCGUUUUUCUUUAAAGUGGAAGAGAACUUUUCAACUGGCUCGUGCACUAGCUUGCUGCGCUAGUUAAUGCUGUCCACUUAUCAUUUCUUUGAUCAUCACAAGUAACUUUCACAAUUACUCAUUUUAGAUAUGCUACUGCAAGAAAAUGCAUUUGUUUUUGCAGAUUAUCAAACAGAUAAUAGAUCAUAGUAGUUUGCUUCUGGUUGCCAAGAUUAUCUUAAAUGAUAGUUAGCCUUCCCAGGAUUGUACCAAUUGAUGGAGCUGUAUUAAAGGAUCCGGUGAUCAAUUUGUGUGUUCAGCCAUCUAGCUGCCUGCUGACAGUGACAGCAGCAUCGAUAGUAAGAUUGAUUAGACAGAUUUUAUCAUCUAAUUUAUGACAAACAUUGGCAUAAAGCAUAGACUGUAUAUAAAUAAUGGAAGUAGUCACCGUGGCGUCACCCAUUGGUUUGUGAAUUGCCUGUUGGAAGCAUCGAGUUCGGCGUUACACUUGUCGCCAUCUUGUGUCGCCAUCUUGUGUCACCAUCUUGUUUCUGAUACGGGGAGCAGGCCAUAUUUGGACUGUAAAGGAGCGAGAGGGAUCUGACGACACUGACUACACGCCUCUCUACACCGGCAACCUGACUGAGCGAAGCCACUGCUAAUUCAUGUUAGCAUUAACUGUCAUUAAGUGAAAAUACAGUAAAAUGGUCAAAAUUAUGAGACCAAACUGGUAAACAUCCUUUUUUAUAUCUGUAUAAUGUUAUAAAUAACUUUAUUGACACGUUGCCAUGGAUACGCAUUGUUCUGCUUCUCUCCUGAUGACGGCUCGCCUUGUUAGAGACCUGUCAAUCAAAGGUAGCCACGCCCCAAAUCAUAUGAUUCUUUAUCUUCUAUUUUCUUCUAAAUGAGGCCAUUAUUUUAACUUUUAACAUGAAAUUGUCUUGAAGAAGAUUUUUUUACUAGCGAUUGAGAUCGUAGUGUUGUCUUUUAAAAAAAAAAAAUUCUGAGGUAAUAAAUCAAGCGAGAAGUUUUCAAAUUUUGCAUUGAAAUGAAUGGACAGAUUUUUUUUUUUGCAGCCAAACUUAGCACCCCCUGCUGGAAUUUUCACUAGAAUGCAGGCUUAAGGCACUUCCUGUUUUUUUUUUUAAAUUUCAUUAAUUUCAUUUUCACAGUAAUAUUUAAGGCUUUCACUUGUUCUGUUCGUGUUUUCAACUAUGGUUUUCAACUGCUGCAGUCACUAUGAGCAACCACUCCAUGGCAACCACGGAACCAUUCCGCUGAGUCACCAGUUAACACGGUAACUCGUUCAAACACUGGACAGCAUUGUAUAUCGACUGAAUGAUGUUUACUUUGUGGUCAUGAGGUGGCUAAAGCUACAGCGACUAACAUUAUAUUUCACAAUAAUGCCACCAUUAAUUGACUGAGUUGUUUUAUUGUGUAGGAAAACCACAGCCUGUAGACAGUUAGCCCAAUAACGUUAGCUAGCCAAACCGUGUUAACUUAGCUGACAUUACUUAGCAGGCUAACAUGGUGAAACAACUCCUAGACAUCGUUGGCAAAAGUAAAAUCUCAAUAGAAAUAAAGAUAAGAGUAAGAAAUUGUACACCUUAGUACACAUUUGGCACAGCCUGUAUUCUAGGGCCACCGCAGCAAUGGUAACUUGAUAACUUCCGGUACUUCCUUGGAUUUGUCUCUAGGGAAAAUGGGAACCACUGUGAACGCACAUUAUAUAAGAUAAAAGAACCAUUUUUAUUGCACUGGCUUUUCUAAAAUGAGCCUUGAAAGUUGCUAAGCUCUGUUAUAUGAUCAACGAGAUGAUUAAUAGACAGUGUUCACCAGUUAGCGUGCUAGCUAGUUGAAAAGUUGCCUUUUACUUGCACUUUGAAUUACCCGUAUCUAAACGUUAAUGUAUUUGCUCCUUUUGCUUUCCAAAAUCAAUGUUCUAUAAGAGUAGUUUGUUGAUGCCACUGUUUGUCCAUCUGUCCUGUCCAGUUAUUUCCUGCUUCAGUCCACUGUCCUUCUCUCACACUGACUUUAGGAAACCAAUGGCACAGAUCAGUGUGUAACGCAGUGGUGAGACCUCUGAGUUUUGUAUAGUUUUGUACAGUAUAUAGGUUUCUUUACACAGUAUAUACUACAUUAUCAUUAUGUUUAAAUUGUGUGAACAAGGUGGAGCUACCUGAAGCUGUCUUGAAGGAACAUGAGUUGUUGCCUGGUCUAAAGCAGGAAUGUAGCGCUGUGGAGAAGUGUGUGUAAUCUAACAGCAUACGGCUCACAACCUGCUUUGGUUCUGCUCAGUUCAGAAGGACACUGCAGGCAGGUUAUUAUAAUAGGAGAGUACGAAAUGGGUUAUAUAAAGAAGAUAUUGCUAUGGUUUUAAGUGUGUGUGUGUUUGUGUGUGUGUGUGUGUGUUUCUGAGCGUGUGUGUGUGUCUGAGUGUGUGUGUGUGUGUGUGUGUGUGUGUGUCUGAGCGUGUGUAUGCGCUUAUUGGGAUUUGUGUGUUUGUUUAUAAUGAGCACAUUGUAUGGCACCAUAACUGUUAAUUUGGCAAUCUGUUUUCUUAAGUUAAACUGUCAAAAGUAGCUGCUAUAAUUACACACUUGUGCUUGUGUGUAACUGCAGGCCUUCAAAGGACCCCUGCCAAGGCGUCCUAACAACGCCUGUUAUAGCAGAAGGUGCUCAUUAUAGCUCUGAGAUUACCUACAGUAAAACUUUUCAGUCUGAAUUUUUUGUAAACAACUGAAAAGGUAGAGAACACCAUAACUGUCCAAAUAAUGUUAUUUUCAUGUUAAAAAUGUCUCUGUUUUGUAUUUAUUUACCAAAAUAAAUUGCAAUUACCACA